AUGUCCAUGACCAUCACGAUCAAAGUCUGGUACUUGUACUCUUAUUACAACAUCUAGAUCGUUUUCGUUGUCGUUGUCGUUGAUACUCAUAAAGAUAAUAGUAAGCUAGAGUCAGUCAGCUGUUGUUGUGGUUGUGGUUGUCUACAUCUACAACUACUAGAACAAAAACUACUACUAACUACACCAUAAUCAUAAAUCAAUGGCGACUCCGCUCCCCUCAUGUCUGACAGGCAUUGGCUGUCCUAUCAGAUUUACUGCGCAGAACGCAGUCAGCCGCCAGAACCGGAUAUAGAACCACCACCAGUCUCCGAAUUGCUAGCGCAGUUGUAUCAUGAGCGAAGAAAUCGUUGUGAAGACUGGCAGAGGCAGCUCGACCGUCUCGAGUACCACGCUGAACAUUGCCAUGCAGUAAGAACCCGUGCUCAGCGGGAAAAAGAUGAUGCGUGCCGCGAACUGCAAGAACGUCUCACAAGACGAGAAAAAAAAAUACUGGAACUCGAGAAAGAAACUGAGACGGCUCAGAAUCUACGACGGUCCGCCGAAAAGCGAGCUUCUCGCCUAAGAAUAGUCGUGAUCUCGUUGCUGCUCGUUUCAGCUGUUGUGAGUGUUCGGCUUGGCUGGAGCUACUGGUAAUACAAAUAGAAAUUGAAAUACUGAUACUGUUAUAGUUAUAGUUAUUUACAUUUGACAUUAAUUUAACUAUAAAAAUAAGACUUAUUCAAUAAGAAUAAGUAUUUAAGUAAAAGUAAUUAUAUUUAUUAAUAUAUAGUAAUAGUUAUAGUUAUAGACUUACUUUUCCCUAUAACCAUCGACAUGGACAUGGAAAUGACAUAGACAUAGACAAAGACAUCCUAAAUCUAAAAAAAAGGUUCGCCGUUCCGUGAACGUUUGUGGCUCAUUGGAUGUGCUGGGCGCGCGCGCAGAUCCAGAUGAGCGCUCAUCUACAUCUUUAGCCUACAGCAACAACUUCAGCGUGAGCCUGAAGACUUGCUCGAUUAUCAUUAUAACGAAGAUGAAGAUCAGUAGGCACAAACACAAAGGUGGCGGUCGCAGCGUGGCUGGCCUUGGCGUUAGCCUUGCCGCUGGAAGUGGCGAUAGCGACGCAUCUGGAGAAGGGGGUAAGGCUAGGGGGUCAGGGCUACGACCUGCUCUCGCUCUAGCUCUAGGUCUAGUAGACGAAGACCAAGACGGAGAGGCAGAGAAGGGGGAUGGACGGCAGGAUCCGAUCUGGAACUGGAUCUGGAACUGGAACCGGAACCGGAAGAGGAUGAGGAACAGGAAGUCGAACUAAAACUAAAAGAUUAAAACUACGGUAGUCGUAGUGGUAGCGGUAGGAGUACUAAUAGAGACUUUCCUUUGUUUUGAGUAACGAAAAAUGUGACAAAGUCAAAGACAGAAAAAAAGUACCUGCUCCCACACCUCAAAGAUGAUCUUGAGUGUGAAUGUUGCUUGUGCUUCUCCUUUUCUCUCAUGAUCCAUCUCCAUGUUGAUGAUGAAUCAUCUCGGAAGAC